CAUCAUCGAUCACCAAAUUCUUGGUUUCAGAUUUGAAGAACUUUCAGACAACAUUUUCUGUAUAAAUAACUUCAAGAACUUCCAAGAAAUUCCAUCACUCAAAAGCAGCUAGCUAGGCAAUGGCUUCCAAUAUGUGGAUUCAGAUCUCAUCAAUUUGCUUCUCCAUUUGGUUGGUUAUUGCCAAUGCACAAGCACCGGCAGCUGCACCGUCUACGCCUACCAUCACCACCACCCCACCGCCCACCACCGCUCCGCCUCCUACCACCACCACCCCGCCGCCUACCACCGCUCCGCCUCCUACAACCACCACCACCCCACCGCCUACCACCGCUCCGCCGCCUACCACCACCCCACCUCCUACCACUACCCCGCCAGUUACAGCACCCGCGCCUAAAGUUGCACCACAGCUGCCGCCGAAUCCACCGGUAGCAGCGCCUUCAAAGCCGCCGGCAUUGCCACCACCGGCACCGGCAUUGCCUCCGGCUGUACCCCCACCAAAGGUGGCGCCUGCCCCUGCGAAAAACCCUCCGGCGCCAGCCCCUGUAACUAAGCCACCUGCACCAGCACCGGUGCCACCGCCACCCAUACCAUCACCAGUUCCGGCACCACCACCGGCUACUCCGCCGCCAGUCCCGACACCAAUAUCAACGCCCACCCCAGCCCCAGCUCCCGGCAAGCACCACCGGAAGAAGUGGAGACACAGGCACAGGCACCACCACGCUCCGGCACCAGCACCCACCGUGAAAAGCCCGCCGGCACCACCAACAGUACAAGAAUCCGUGGACGUAACACCUGCCCCCUCGCCAUCUCUAAAUUUGAAUGGAGGAGUCUCAUUUGUGCUGCAAGCAGGAGGAAGAUCAAGAAUAUGGACUAGUGCUGGCUUGGCAGUGACCAUUUUCAUGGCCAUGAUAGCCUAGAGUCCUCAUACUCUCCCAACAACAAUAUUUUGUUGCAGGGCUCAAUUGGAUUAAUUAUAUGAUUGCAGAAAAAAAAUGAGUUUAAUUUGAUUCUAUUGUAUUCACAUUCCUUUUUGUCAGUCACAUUGCAUCAUGUAAUGACCACAUUCUUCCUAUAUAAAAUGGACACUUUAAUUUCCUUUUAA